AAACCGAUUCGCUGAGCGGUGAGUGUGGAAGCUUGCGCGGAAAAUGUCGCGAAAGUCGUAGGAGGCUGAUGGGCUUUUGCAAUUCGCGCCGCGCGCGGCAACAUUUAAUCGAAAUUCCUCGGCUCUUCGUGCGCAAAGCUGCGCGUGGCCGCGCGGUACUGGUAGGUCGUUCUACAUUCUUGCGAAAAUCGCUGGCAUCCGCGGGCUGAAUGUCGAUCGCGCCGAGUAAAACGUAGGAGAGAUCGCGCGUCCCGGUUCAGCACACUCCGAGAACGCCGUCGCUCGGAUAGUCUCGGAAGAUGAGGUCCAUGCGGAGCAGGGCUGUAAACAAGAGAAACGGGAGAAUCGGCAAGUUCCUCGUCAAGGGUACGAACGGCACGGGUCGUCCGGACCCGUCCAGCCUCCGUAAGCCGAUUGACACGAGCGUGUCGGACUUGCAACAAGUCAGCAGGCUCCUCGAGGACGGCACCGAGGAGGUUAAAUCUAUAUUAUCCUACGAAUGCAACAUUAUAUACGAAUGCCGCAUCUGCUACAGCAUGUACAGGAGCAUCGUGAACUUGGUGUCUCACAAGAGAGAGUACUGUAAGGAAAAGUUUGAUGUCACGCACAGAGAGUUUCAUGACUACAAUUACUGUGCCAGAGACUCAAUAAUACACAUGUACAAGACACAGCAGACAAAUGACGAUGGCGUUAAAAAUGAUAGAAUUCUCAGGAGCCAAGCAUCCAAAGAACCAAAUAAAAAGGAUCUCACUACGAUAAUAGAUAUGCUAAGUAAAAGGCAAGAGGAAGAUAGGGAGAAGCAAUUGGAGAAUGAAAAUGCAGUUCCUAACACUCCAGAUGAUCGACGUAUCUAUUUGGAGGCUAUAGAUACAAAUCGUUCCGCGGUGUAUCAAACUAUCAAAUCGGAUAUGGUGGACAAUGAUAUAGAUUUAAUGAAAGAAGAAAGGAUAACGUAUAGUUCAUCCUUUUCUCAGAUAACAGAAUUGCAUGCUAUGAUGGAUCAGAAUGACCACCUCGCACCAGAGGGACAAAUGUUGGAAAGUCAAGUGGAAAAAAGUGAUAGUCCUAUUCAAGUGAAUAUGAGCGACGAGGAGAAUGAACUGUUAAUAUAUAGACUACCGACGAACAACUUGUCCUGCUCUAUAUGUAAAGCAAGAUUCUCAACGAAGAAGACGUUAACUUUUCACAUGAAAACGCAGCAUACGUCCAAACGUUUGUGCUUCUCUUGUCCUUACUGCACGAAUUUAUUUGUAAAUACGUGGGGCGUCUAUCGACAUUUAUUUAAAGCUCAUAAGAUGACCCAUAGACAAGUGCGUCAAUUAAGAUCUCGGAUUCAAGAGUCAGCGUUUCACAGAAGGAUUGCGAUGAAAGGUGUGGAAAAUGUUCGUGCAACCAAAGUAUCUGUCUUGAAAAAUGUAAAUAGCGAUAAAACUCAGGUACCGAUAAGUAUAGAAUCUAAUACAAAGCUCCGCGGUAGACGCGGAAGGAAAUUAAGAAAGAAACCUUUGUCUGCUUAUUUGCAAUGUUGUCAAACGCCAAUCGCUGCAUGCGACGAAACAGCAGUUAGAUUGAAACAGUGUAAUAAUUUAUCAGUCUCACCAACCAAUAAUAUACUGUGUGAAACAGAAGAUGUCAAUUUAGCAGCCAGAUCUGAAGACAAAGAUGUCGAACGUUUAUCGUCAUCUUCUGAAAUUUGCGAUUACGAAAUGGCCAUCCGUGUAGAAAAUGUUUCUAGUCUUAAUAAGACAGAUUGGGAUAUACUACAGAGUCAAGAUAAUAAUUUCUCUAAACAGAAUUCAGUAAAUAAAAAUAAUUCCAAUAUUACAUUAUCUAAUAAUACUGAUAAUGGUAAAGCACUGUCUGCUGCUGAAAACCAAGAUAAUUCCUUACCUGACGAAAAUUUAAAAUCAUCCGAUAUCACGAACAAAGUUAGUUCGACCGCUUCGAAGAUAAAAAAUAAGAGGAAAGCAUCAGGCCACGGUGAGAAGCAAUUGAUUGAUUCGAAAAAGAGGGAUGAGGUACAAUUAGAGGAGGAUAAUUCCAAGCUGCGAUCUUCGUGUUCGGCAUCGCCAAACGAUAGGACUUCACUAAUGGAGGGUAAAUUAGCAAGAAUCGCGAACUUCAAGAAACUACGGUGCCUUCUGUGUAAACGAAAAUUCAUAUCCAUAUCCAAUCUACGUAGGCACGCAGCGAUGCACGUCGGCUGGAAUCGCUAUCGCUGCGAGCUGUGCGAUUUUAAGUGCUUCGCAAAAUGUGAGUGCGUUGCGCAUUGCAACAAAGCGCACGGUACGCAAAAUAAUAACAGGGUUCUAGCGGAAAUGGUGCUCGAAAUACCGCCGGACGAGUACACGUGUAACGAGGAUGUGACAAGUCCUAAGGAAAAAUUGGAUAAUCCCGAUAUUGCGGUUACUGUAUCGUCAGCUGUAUGUCAAGAAACACGUGCGGACUCGAACAAUUCCAGUGACUCGAAUACACACGUUUCUCAAAGCGAAGCCGCUGCCGCGAGCGAGCGGAUCGCGAAGUCGCACGGCGGUGUUGAAUGUUCGAGCGACGAGAGUAGGAUACAGGAUAUGUUGCAAGAUAUGAUGAACUGUAAAAAAUUAGACGACAACCCUGAAUUCAAACAGUUGGCAAUGGAAGUGAUAUUCGGCUCGGACGGAAACGCGACCGAACGGUCGAACUCCGAUAAGUCCACGUUGGAGGCCAGUGACGACGCGGGUGAACGUAUGGACGCGAACGGUAGCGUGAGUAAUACUGCAAUCACUGACAAACUGCUCAAGAAAGCGUCGCGUCCGAUAUUGGACAGUGUGAAACACCGACGUCCCACGCGAAACCGAAUAAGACCUUUGAGCGAGGAUUUUAUAUAUGACUUGAAGAACGCGCAUCGAAAAGAAAGUGCCUUUACCAACGACUCUAUACUUAUACGAAAAAAGGCCCAACUGUAUCGAUAAUAUCGGCAUUGUACAGCACAAUUGAUGACACCGUAAAGACUGAUUAUCAGUUAAAAAAUAAUUCAUUUUUAUGACUCUGUAGAGUAUAUCAGGUAAGUUUUCUUAGACAAUGUAGAUAGGUAUAUACUAUUAUCAUAAAUAUGAUAUUUAUAUGUAUAUAUCACAUGUGAUACUAAUGUUAUAUUAAUAAUGUA